GAAGAAGCAAAAAAUAAUCAUAAAUAUUUAUUAUUAUAAAAAAGAGGUGAAUUUGAUAAGAAUUUUGAAAAAAAGUGAAUAUUAUUAAGUGAAGAAAAAAAAAGGAUUUAGCGAUAAUUUGAUUUAUUUGAAAAAAGAUCCUGUAUCUUUCGACAUUGGACAUUAAAAGAACUUUGACACCGUUUGACGCACACAGAGAUCAUCAAAAAUAAAAUAAAACCGCGCCAACGACAAUCAUCAUUCCAUCAGUGCUUUAAACAACUCUCCCUUUGAUAAAUGUACAUAAAUUAGAGCAGCAUCAAGACGACAACAUCAUAAAUUUAUCUAAGAAAGUGAAUUACGGAACACGAAAAAAAUCCAUUAGAGUCUUUUAAAGUGUGAUGCCUGUUGAUCCACGGACUCGUCAUUAAAGCGCGGUUCUCCAAUGACUGAAAAAAGCUCACAUUUCUGUCAAUUUUGCCAUGAUACGUGAUUUAUGAAACCAGUGUAUCGUACUUAGAAUAAAAUUUACAUAAAAAUUCUGCCAAUUUUUGAAAAUGAGGAUUAAAAUGAAGAAAAGAAGUGAGCUACUGAGAAGGCUCGUUUUCGUCGCUGUUUCAGGAUUCAUCUUCGGACCACAAGCAACAGCCUUGGAUCUAGCGAAAUGUAAAAAUGCUCUCGGAAUGGAGUCUGGCGCGAUUGCCGACUUUCAAAUUACAGCCAGCUCAGCACAUGACAUCGGAAAUGUUGGACCACAGCAUGCGAGACUUCGCAUCGACAACAAUGGCGGCGCGUGGUGUCCCAAACACAUGGUUUCACGUGGCUUGAAGGAAUACCUGCAAAUCGAUUUGUUGACGAUGCACGUGAUAACUGCAAUUAAAACGCAAGGUCGUUUCGGCAAGGGACAAGGACAGGAAUAUUCAGAAGCGUACGUUGUUGAGUACUGGCGACCCGGUUUCAAUAAGUGGGAACGCUGGAAGAAUGUGCAAGGCAAGGAAAUUUUGCAAGGAAAUAUUAAUACGUAUAGCGAGGUAGAAAAUGAUCUGCAACCGAUAAUUUUCGCGACAAAAGUGAGACUUUAUCCAUACAGUCAGUACGAUCGAACGGUUUGCAUGCGAACGGAGAUUAUUGGAUGUCAAUGGGAAGAAGGUCUCAUGUCAUACAGCAUCCCGAAAGGCGUUCAACGAGGCAUUGAAGUUGACUUAUCCGACAAGACGUAUGAUGGCGUUGAAGAGUCUGAUCGUUUAAUCGGUGGCUUGGGUCAACUCGUCGAUGGUCAGAAAGGAACUGACAAUUUCCGCAGCGACAUUCAUGGUUAUGGAAAAGGUUUUGAAUGGGUUGGAUGGCGCAAUGAUACUGUCGUUAUGGCGGGCAAGCCUGUUGAAAUGACUUUUGAGUUUGAUCAAGUGCGGAAUUUCAGUGCGGUGUUACUUCACACCAACAACAUGUUCAGCAAAGACGUGCAGGUUUUUAUGCAUGCCAAAGUAUUUUUCAGUAUCGGCGGUCAACAUUUUAACGCCGAACCCGUGCACUUUUCCUACAUGCCCGACCAAAUAAUGGAGCAUGCACGUGAUGUUCAAAUUAAAUUACAUCAUCGGAUCGGGAAAUUUGUACAAAUUCACUUGUAUUUUGCCGCACGCUGGAUAAUGCUAAGUGAAAUUUCAUUUAUAUCAACUCCCGUUGUUGGAAACUUCACGGAAGAAGACGUAAAUGGAAUUUCGCCGCAAGAUUCCAAUUCGCUCGAGUACCCGUUGCAACGUGAUGAGGUCCAGAGCACGAAAAACAACCUCGGAGACAAGAAUUUCCCGAAAAUGAUCCCGAAACCGGUAGAUGCCGAGUCCGAAACGAGCGUCGUUGGAUUGGUAAUUGCUAUUUUGACGUCGAUAAUUUUGGUGCUCGUGUUUGCGAUCAUGUUCAUCGUCGCACGUCAACGUCGAACGAGAACAGCAGCGGUACUGGAUGCAUUGCAGCACAAUUUAAAUAGCGACGGACUGAGUUUGGGACUCGAUAAACGGUUCAACAGUAACUUCAAGAAGCCGUUCCAGGUGACAAUGGACGACAACGAGUCAAUUGACAAGAGCAGUUUGUACCACGAGCCGUUCAAUGUAAAUAUGUACACGAGUGCAGCAAGUGGUUGUACGACACUAAAUGACUACAAUCGGCAUCACAUAACGCCCGACUACACAGACGUUCCCGAUAUCGUGUGUCAAGAAUACGCCGUACCGCAUAUGCAAGAUCUCCUGCCCAAAGGUCCUGGCGGUGGCUACAUGAGUGUUCGCAGUAAUCCUCCGACCUUGAAUAGCAUCUUCCCGAAGCCGCCGCCCGUUCCGCCUCCGCCCUCGGAGAAAUAUUACGCUGCCACGCCCGUCAUCAAGACAAAUACGACGUCAUCGAGUAAACCAUCGACGCCACUCGAUGCCUACAGCGACAUCGACUUCACCGCCAACACGCUCCCCAUAUCGCUCAACGGCUUGUGUGACACCGACAACUUGGUCGACUUGCAGGUCGUCGAGUUCCCACGCGAUAAACUCGUCAUCAUCGAGAAACUCGGCAGCGGCAUGUUCGGCGAACUGCAUCUCUGCGAAACGAAGGGAUUAAGUUCUAGUUUAGUAGUUGUAUCAACAUUAAGACCGGGUGCAUCGGAGCAUCUUAGGAAAGAAUUUAGACUAAAGGCCAAGCAAAUGAGUCGACUAAAUGACGUGAAUGUUGUCAAGCUAUUGGGUGCCUGUCUCAAAGACGAACCAAUUUGUACGGUACUCGACUACAAAUACAACGGUGAUCUAAAUCAAUUUUUACAAGAACACAUCUCAGAGACUGGGCCAAUGGUGCAAAGUAAUACGUUAAGUUAUGGCUGUUUAGUGUACAUAGCGACUCAAAUUGCCUCUGGCAUGAAAUAUCUAGAGCAAAUGAACUUUGUACAUCGAGACCUAGCAGCAAGGAAUUGUGUAAUUGGACCACAAUUGGAUGUUAAAAUAUUAGCACUUGGAACUGUGAUAAAUCGUAUUGCAUAUCCCGCGGAUUACUGUCAUCUUGAAGGUGCUGGCAGACAAUCACAACCCAUGCCGAUUCGAUGGAUGGCUUGGGAGAGUGUCCUAAUGGGCAAAUUCACAUCAAAAUCCGACGUGUGGUCAUUCGCUGUGACACUUUGGGAGAUCCUAACGUUCGCGCGCGAACAGCCCUACGAACAUUUGACUGACGACAAGGUGAUCGAGAACAUCAGGCACAUGUAUCAGGAUGACAAGAAAUACAAACUCCUGCCGAUGCCUUUGAACUGUCCUAGAGAAAUUUAUGACCUAAUGUGUGAAUGCUGGCAACGAAACGAAGCAAAUCGACCAAACUUUAGAGAAAUUCAUCUAUUUUUACAACGAAAAAAUUUGGGAUACAAACCGUACUAAGAAGAAGGAUUGAAAAAAAAUUGUAAAUACUUAAAAAAAAUUAUCAACUUUCACCGCACAUGACCACCACCCUCCUUAAAAAAAUAAUUAAAUAAAUAAAAUUAAACAUUGUAAAUAUAAUAUUAAUAAAAGAAAAAAUGUUUAAAACCAAUCCAGGUC